UUUAGGAGCUCACCGGAAACAAAUUUAAAACGUGUCAGUUCCUGGGCCAAUCGGGAUGCACUCGACCUGCUCAGUGGUUAUAUCUUAAUCUCAUUUUUCCAUGGUCAGUGUUUCAACCUCCAACUGUCACAUGUACUAUGGGCACUCCAGAUGGCGUUCGUGGUGGAAGUCUUCCAAACUGCUCUCGCGUCAGCAACUUCUGUCUCAAGCCUCUUUGGUGCCACCACCGCAGCUGCCACCACCCCCCCUGAGCACCUUGCGCUCUUGCUUUCGCCCGCCGCCACCGACACCCCGAGCCUCACCAGUGGCAGGCGUCGCACCUCCAGCCCCACAAGAGGUACCAAAGACUGUACCUCCACCUCCCCGAAGCCCUCCUUCACCGCCCUUGACCGUACUUCGACCAGACGCAGAUGCACGGGCAGACUCAGAUGCCCGGGUCCAGCGGAUUGUGCAUGCGAUCAAAGUGGAUGGCACACGAAAGGCUUUCUCGAAACACUGGCGGGACAUCGCAGAGCUACAAGAGCAAGAGGCCUUCUCCAUUGAGCAGAUUGCUUGGCUCUUCGACCACUGCCGAAGAACUCCGGCCCUGCGGACGGCGCAGCUUAAGGUGGAUGGCUCUUCCAUCGCGCUCGGCACGCGGAUCGUUCAGCUCUUCACGAACUCAGUUUGCCACAAGAUCCCUGAGUUGACGGCCCAGCAGCUCACGUGCUUCAUUGAAUCUCUGACCUCCGCAGCUCUGCCGAUGGAUGAAUUUUGGCUCUUCAUGAUGGCCAAACAGAUUCAGGACACCUCAGAGAAGUUCAGUCCAUCUCAGCUAGUGACCAUCGCAGAGUGUUAUGCAUCCAAGGACCUGGAGGAUGAGGAAUUCUUCGAGGCCCUUUGCACCAGCGUCUAUCAGCGCCUGACAGAAUUCAGCCUCAGAGAGCUGGCGCAGUUCUUGUCCUCCUGCGCACGGGUGCGAUUCCUUCAUGAGGAUCUUUGCUCUGCAGCCUUCCCCUUGUUUGAGGACCCCUCUUCUGUGUCUUCCCUGGAUGGACAUGGCCUGGGCGCCAUCCUCACUGCAGCCAGUUUACUCGACUGGCGAAGCUUUCGCUCCAUGCCCUGCUGCCGACGCCUGGCGGAACGGCCUCAGGACCUCUCGCUGGCUCAGGGUGCCACAGACCUGGCAAUGGGCUUGACCCUGGCAGCGGUCUACAUGCAGAAUGCUGCUGGUGCGAGGAUGCUACUGCCUCUGCUCCUCCAGCACUUGGGCCAGACAGCCGUUGGACAACGACAGCGCCGGGUGCACCAGCUCUCCCGCCGCACAGCCCUCAUCGGGCUGUGUGCUGCCUUUGCCGUGCCACACCGGCGAGCAUGGGACUUGGCCCACUUGCGCAUGGUGCAGGCCACUUGGGAUCGCCUGGAAGAGGAGCAGCGCCCAGUGAGAGACCCUUGGGAGCCAGAGUCCAGCCGAUUUCACCUGGAGGUGGUCGCCAUCCUGAAUCUUCUGGAAGUUCCGCAUCACUUGGAGCAUGCCCAGUAUCCAUUUCGGUUGGAUAUCCGGAUAGAUCCUGGCCAAGUUUCAGCACAUUUGGACGCUGUUGCCACCGGCACAGCGACGGAGUUGUCCGGUGUCGACCCAGUCACCGACUCCGAAGAUCACUGGUUGCACUGGUGACGAAAACGUCCGCGCGGAGCUGUGGUG